CCACUCGCGAACCACCUACGGCUGCUCGUAGAGCCAGCAACCCCCGUCGUCGAGUCUUGCGCCUCAGGUAACUCCGGAAGGCAACCGCACGUUGAGCUUCCUGUUUGUCGUUUCUAUCCCAUUGGAAAAGAUGGCACCGGCGAAGGCAACGUUCAUUGCGAUCCUGUUGGCCAUGGCGACGAUCGGCGCGCUAGCUCAGCGAGAAAUACCCGAGUUCCUGCACGUAUGCGACGCGGGUGCCGAACUACGGAAAUUCGAGCAAUGCGUAGUCGAAAGCAUUAUGAAACUGCAGCCGUACCUGAAGAUGGGGGUGCCGGAGUACAACAUCCCCUUAUUAGAACCACUCAAACUGAAGCGAUUGACAUUCACCCCAACGGCCACCUUACGCAUACAAGCAAAAGAUAUUGAUGUGUACGAAGCCAGUAACUUCAGAAUUAGCAAAUUAAAGACCGACGUUAAGAAUUUGUACUUCCACGUGGACGUUUCACUACCGAAUAUCCGCGUUGAAGGUGAUUACGACGUAGAUGGCAAAAUAUUGGUCCUUCCGAUCCGCGGUUCCGGCCCGUUCCACGGCAACUUUAAGAAUUGCACAGGUUCCUGCAGAAUCCAAGCUGAGAAGUACAUAGACUCGGACGGAGUAGAGAAGAUACGCAUCAGCGAUUUCAAGAUGAAGAUCACCGUGGGCCGAGGUACAAUAAAGUUCGAUAACCUGUUCAAUGGCGAAAAGGCGCUCGGUGACGUCGUCAAUUCGGCCAUUAACAACAACUUUGAGGUGUUCCUGAAGGAACUGAUACCGCUGCUGGAGAAGGCGCUAUCCGACGCGUUUCGGGUCACGGCCGACAAUAUCGUUACGCAGUUCUCGUUCGCGCAACUCUUCCCGAACGCGUAGCUCUGUAGCUCCGGCGAUCUGGACAUGGUUGGACAGACUGAGAGCGAUAUGAUCAACGUAAAUUAGAAUCGAGAUCCAUCACGUAGACGAAGCGAUAGAAUGAACAAAAAUUUUCAUCGCUACUCACGACUGCAUCUCGAAUUCUGCUUUCCUUUUUUUCACGCGCACACGCGUUCGGUUCACGACUGACCGACCCACGGUCGAGAUUCCAAGGACUUCCAAGGAAGAUUAUAAAGAGAGGCGAGAUCCUGCCAUGGAACAUCGAUCAGAUGAGUCUCCGAAGUCGAGACGCGCGAUCGUGACGCUUCCCGAGAAUCUUCACUCUGGGUCGUCGGAUGGCGGACAACUUCGACGACCGUGCGAUCGUACGGUUUAAGAUCUUUUGCUACAUUUGAUAAGGAAUCUUCCACUUUCACUUGAUUGCGCGAUACUACCUCAUGGAAAGUUGCAACAGCGCGAACUAGUAUUUCAGAUUUUUUUUUAUUUUGCACUUAUAUAAAAACUAGUUUGAAGCUUUUGAAAUAAUCUCAUGGCUUGUCGGCAAUCAGAAGACGAAAGCGUGCCUUCGGGAUACUUCGCGAAUUUAGCGACCAAGUUCGGCAUACAUUCACAUGACUGAUCCUCGUACGGUCGGCUUUAUGUAUGCUGCAGCAUUGCUUAGAUGGAGAGUUACACGAUUUUCAAUUUUACACAUAACGUACAUAAAGUUGAAAAUUGCCGAAAUAAUUUUAGUUAUAACGGUAGAGUUAUAAAUGGCUAUAAUUGUAAUGGCUUGAAGCUCGUGUGUACGGUGUGGGAGGCUAAAAAUUGUGUAAUGGUAAGAAAUUACCGUCUAGAGAAUGUGGUGCAGCAUACAUGACGUCGACUACGCGACAGAGCGCCAAGUGAUCUCCUUAGUGCGCAAUCGUUCGAUCUGCCGUUACUCUGAAAUGCGGAAAAUAUUUGUAGAUUAGUUACCGACGAGGAUCUAGGGAAUAGACCCGAGAAAUUUUCGCGAUUGAGGAGACGGUAGAUCGAUUAUUCCGCUACAUACACGAAAUUCACCGAAGUACAAGGGGACGCGUUCACUUCUUGCUUCGAUUCCUCAGUUAUCGAUGCGACGCGAACUGUUAUUCCGACCGAUAAUGGCUGCGUUUCGAAAUUCAUUGUCAGUGCUGGAAAUCCAUAGUUAAUGUUACGUAUAGACUUUCAAGACUGGCAAGUAAAUAUUGGAACGCUUAAGUCGGUAUUGAAACACGGAGGUACGGAAAGGUACAUCGAUGCACAGUCAAGCACACCGAUCCUUCACACAAGUUUAAGCUGUCCACCAGUCGUCGAUAGGCGAACGUGUAUCGGGAAAUAAAUCAGAAUUUUCA